AUGCAUCACUUCGUCGCCAUUAUCCUCGCUACAAGCCCUCUCGCCUUGGCGCAUCACUCAAUAACUGCGACUCGCCACUUCUCAAGACCCGUCCAGCCUACAGCAUUCGCCGAUGAUCCUGCCCUGAAUACUCCGAGACCACUCGUUAUUCUCACGCCAAGCGAGUCGGACCUAGAUGAUGUUGAAAACAUAUCGAGUUCAUCACCGACUGUCGAGGCCACCACUAUUCCUUUUGAAGAUAUUGAUCCUGUUCUAUUCAUACCAUCCACUGCGUCCAUAUUGCAUUCACCUCCCUCUUCUACAUCAUCAUCAGCCUCCUCCACGCCAUUCCCAUCAUCUACAACAACCGCACUGGCAAACCACCCAGAGAAACGACUCGCCUCAUCCAGUUCUCCCUCCCUCACCACAAUAACAGGAACUCGCACCACAACAUCAUCAUCUACGUCGAAUCCAGCCUCAGUGCCAACAGCCUUUGCCAACGCCGCCGUCGGUCUCAUCGCCAUUGUAGGCCUCGCCAUGGCAUUAUGA